AUGGAAGCUCCUUCAGCCACUUCUCAAAUCAAACGAACUUUCGCUCGAUUUUUCACACAACACUUGAAGGCUGGAAAAACAUUCAGAGAGAUUUGCCUUGGACAAAUGAAGGGGGUACAGAAGGCGGUUGGAAAUUAUUUCAUUGAAAGAGGUCAUCUUGAAAGACUGGUAUAUCUGUUUGAAAACAACCGCAGUUGGGAUGCACAAAGCUCGAUUCGCCGCCAGGAAUAUUUGAUUGAACUCAACAAAUUUCUUGCCACAUUUCGACCACAAUUCUUUUCGAGAUUUCCCGAUCAUUCACAUCCAAUUUUUGUGGCGACGAUGAGACUGUUCGAUAUGGUCGAAACCGUUGUCUUUUCUAUGGAUGUCCGAUUUGCGGGAAAUUUGAUUCAACAAUUGGAGAAGCUGGAAAAAUCCGUAAGUUUUUUUGGGUUUUGAUAGGGAGGGCUUUUAGAAUAACUUAGGAAGGAUGGGGAGAAUCAGGGAAAGUUAAGGAGACUUUAGAAAGUUUAUAGAGGCUAUAGAAAGCUUUAAAAAGCUUCAGAAGAUUUUGGAGUCUCCUGAAGUUCUUUAGAGAUUUUUUUUUAAUUUAUGGGGCUUCAAAAGGCUUCAGGAAACUUUUGAAAGUUUUAAAUAAUUUUUAGUGGCUUCUGGAGUCUUCAGGAAACUUUUGAAAGAUUUAAAAAUUUUUCAGUGGCUUCUGGAGUCUUCAGGAAACUUUUGAAAGUUUUAAAAAAUUUUUAGUGGCUUCUGGAGGCUUCAGGAAACUAUUGAAAGUUUUAAAAAAAAUUUUAAGAGGCUUCUGGAGUCUUUCAGGAAACUUUUGAAAGUUUUAAAAAUUUUAUAGGCUUCUGGAGUCUUCAGGAAACUUUGAAAGUUUUAAAAAAUUCUUAUAGGCUUGGAGUCUUCAGAAAACUUUUUGAAAGUUUUAAAAAUUCUUAGUGGCUUCUGGAGGCUUCAGAAAACUUUUGAAAGUUUUAAAAAUUUUUAUAGGCUUCUGGAGUCUUCCCAGGAAACUUUUGAAAGUUUUAAAAAAAUUUUAAGAGGCUUCUGGAGUCUUCAGGAAACUUUUGAAAGUUUUAAAAAAUUUUUAUAGGCUUCUGGAGUCUUCAGGAAACUUUUGAAAGUUUUAAAAAAUUUUUAUAGGCUUCUGGAGUCUUCAGAAAACUUUUGAAAGUUUUAAAAAAAUUUUAGUGGCUUCUGGAGGCUUCAGAAAACUUUUGAAAGUUUUAAAAAAUUUUUAUAGGCUUCUGGAGUCUUCAGGAAACUUUUGAAAGUUUUAAAAAAUUUUUAUAGGCUUCUGGAGUCUUCAGGAAACUUUUGAAAGUUUUAAAAAAAUUUUAGUGGCUUCUGGAGUCUUCAGAAAACUUUUGAAAGUUUUAAAAAAUUUUUGAAGGCUUCUGGAGUCUUCAGGAAACUUUUGAAAUCUUUAAAAAAAAUUUUAGUGGCUUUUGGAGUCUUCAGGAAAAUUUUGAAAGUUUUAAAAAAAAUUUUAGAGGCUUCUGGAGUCUUCAGGAAACUUUUGAAAUCUUUAAAAAAAAUUUUUAGUGGCUUCUGGAGACUUCAGAAAACUUUUGAAAGUUUUAAACAUUUUUCAGUGGCUUCUGGAGUCUUCAGGAAACUUUUGAAAGUUUUUAAAAAAUUUUAGUGGCUUCUGGAGACUUCAGGAAACUUUUGAAAGUUUUUAAAAAUUUUAGUGGCUUCUGGAGACUUCAGGAAACUUUUGAAAGUUUUUAAAAAAUUUUAGUGGCUUCUGGAGACUUCAGGAAACUUUUGAAAGUUUUUAAAAAUUUUUAGUGGCUUCUGGAGUCUUCAGAAAACUUUUGAAAGUUUUUAAAAAUUUUUAGAGGCUUCUGGAGUCUUCAGGAAACUUUUGAAUGUUUUAAUAAAUUUUUUAGAGGCUUCUGGAGUCUUCAGGAAACUUUUGAAAGUUUUAAAAAAUUUUUAGUGGCUUCUGGAAGCUUCAGGAAACUUUUGAAAGUUUUAAAAAAUUUUUAGAGGCUUCUGGAGUCUUCAGGAAACUUUUGAAAGUUUUUAAAAAAUUUUAGUGGCUUCUGGAGACUUCAGGAAACUUUUUGAAAGUUUUUAAAAAUUUUUAGUGGCUUCUGGAGUCUUCAGAAAACUUUUGAAAGUUUUUAAAAAUUUUUAGAGGCUUCUGGAGUCUUCAGGAAACUUUUGAAUGUUUUAAUAAAUUUUUUAGAGGCUUCUGGAGUCUUCAGGAAACUUUUGAAAGUUUUAAAAAAAAUUUUUAGUGGCUUCUGGAAGCUUCAGGAAACUUUUGAAAGUUUUAAAAAAUUUUUAGAGGCUUCUGGAGUCUUCAGGAAACUUUUGAAAGUUUUAAAAAAUUUUAGUGGCUUCUGGAAGCUUCAGGAAACUUUUGAAAGUUUUAAAAAAUUUUUAGAGGCUUCUGGAGUCUUCAGGAAACUUUUGAAAGUUUAAAAAAAAAUUUUAGAGUCUUCUGGAGACUUCAGGAAACUUUUGAAAGUUUUAAAAAAAUUUUAGUGGCUUCUGGAGUCUUCAGAAAACUUUUGAAAGUUUUAAAAAAUUUUUAUAGGCUUCUGGAGUCUUCAGGAAACUUUUGAAAGUUUUAAAAAAUUUUUAUAGGCUUCUGGAGUCUUCAGAAAACUUUUGAAAGUUUUAAAAAAAUUUUAGUGGCUUCUGGAGGCUUCAGAAAACUUUUGAAAGUUUUAAAAAAUUUUUAUAGGCUUCUGGAGUCUUCAGGAAACUUUUUGAAAGUUUUAAAAAAUUUUUAUAGGCUUCUGGAGUCUUCAGGAAACUUUUGAAAGUUUUAAAAAAAUUUUAGUGGCUUCUGGAGUCUUCAGAAAACUUUUGAAAGUUUUAAAAAAUUUUUGAAGGCUUCUGGAGUCUUCAGGAAACUUUUGAAAUCUUUAAAAAAAUUUUAGUGGCUUUUGGAGUCUUCAGGAAAAUUUUGAAAGUUUUAAAAAAAUUUUAGAGGCUUUUGGAGUCUUCAGGAAACUUUUGAAAUCUUUAAAAAAAAUUUUUAGUGGCUUCUGGAGACUUCAGAAAACUUUUGAAAGUUUUAAACAUUUUUCAGUGGCUUCUGGAGUCUUCAGGAAACUUUUGAAAGUUUUUAAAAAAUUUUAGUGGCUUCUGGAGACUUCAGGAAACUUUUGAAAGUUUUUAAAAAUUUUAGUGGCUUCUGGAGACUUCAGGAAACUUUUGAAAGUUUUUAAAAAAUUUUAGUGGCUUCUGGAGACUUCAGGAAACUUUUGAAAGUUUUUAAAAAUUUUUAGUGGCUUCUGGAGUCUUCAGGAAACUUUUGAAAGUUUAAAAAAAUUUUAGAGGCUUCUGGAGUCUUCAGGAAACUUUUGAAAACUUUAAAAAAUUUUUAGAGGCUUCUGGAGUCUUCAGGAAACUUUUGAAAGUUUUAAAAAAUUUUUAGUGGCUUCUGGAGUCUUCAGGAAACUUUAGUGGGCUUCAGAAAGAUUACCUAGGCUUUAGAGUGCAUCACGGAGCUUUGGGAGGCUUCUGGUGGCAUUAGGAGAAUUCGGAUGGCUUUAGAGAGUUUUAAAAGGUUUCAAAAGACUUAGAAAACUUCAGAAACUUUAUGAGGCUUGUGGACACCCUAGAAAAAUCAGAAUUUUGUUUAAAGUUGGGUUUUUUUUUCAGAGCAAGAGGGUCGCUUCGCAACUCGGUGGUGAUCAUCCGUUAAAAUUCAAGCGAUUGUCGGUGAAAAUGGAUGGAGCUGGAACUUCGGGAGUCAAUGUCGCCAUCAAGAAGACGAAAAAGUGA